GCUUAGACAUUAAUAUGGCCGUUUUUUACAAUGGCGGACGACGAGUGCAGCCCGGACGAGAAGUGGGUCUACUACCGGGACCGGCCCGAUUGGAAAGACGUGGUGCCUGUGCCCCAGGACGACGGUGACCACCCGGUGGUGCGAAUCGCUUACUCGGAGCAGUUCCGCGAUGUGUUCGAUUACUUCCGCGCCGUGCUCCGGUCGAACGAGCGCAGCGAGCGGGCCCUGGAGCUUGUCACCGACGCCGCCUCGGUGAACCCAUCGAACUACACCGUGUGGCACUAUCGCCGGCUCCUGCUCAAGGAUCUGGGUGUCGACCUGCGCUCCGAGCUCAAUUACAUACACAGGAUCAUCGAGGAUAACCCAAAGAACUACCAGGUGUGGCACCAUCGGCGUGUUGUGGUGGAGUGGCUUCAAGACGGCUCGGGGGAGAAGGCCUUCACUGAGGGGAUCCUGGACAUGGAUGCCAAGAACUACCAUGCCUGGCAGCACCGCCAGUGGGCUUUGGCUGAGUUUGGCCUGUGGGACCGAGAGCUAGACUUUACCAUGCAGCUGCUCAGUAAUGACGUGCGCAACAACUCGGCCUGGAACCAGCGCUUCUUUGUGAUCAGCCAAACGGUUGGCUUCACCGAAGAAGUGGUGGAGCGCGAGUGUGACUAUGUCAUGGAGUGCAUCCGCAAGGCACCGCACAAUGAGAGCCCCUGGAACUACCUGCGUGGUGUGAUUGAUGCCGCGGGAGGUGCUGAGCGGCCCGAGGUGCGGGACUUCUGCGAGAGCCUCUACAGGGAUGGUUGCCGUGUGGCCUACCUACUGGCCUUCAUGGUGGACUCGCUGGCUGGCUGUCUAGAGGCUGCGCCAGACCUACUGGGCCUAGCACUCGAGCUGUGCCAGACAUUGGCACACGAGCAGGACGUCAUUCGAUGCGAGUACUGGGAAUUCAUGGCACGUGGCCUUGAAGCCCAGCAUGGACAGAGAGGCAUUGAGUGAUUGCAUCUGUGAAAAACUGUGGGCGUAGCCAUCCAAAUGACGUGCGCAUCACUCACGUGUCUCUUGUUCUGGUGUUUAUUGUGUGGAAAUUGGGUUUCAUGCGAGUAUGUUGUUCGGAAAGUUAAUUAUUCAUGCUGGGUGCAUAUUGACAAAAAAACAAUGGCAGACACAACACGGUGGCUAUAAACAAAUUAGAUCAAAAUGAUACACACAGCUGUGCUGUUGACAGUCUAGCCUGCAAAACUGUGUGUUGAGGGUGGAUUGAUGCAGAACAAGGAUCGCCUUUUGCUGCAGCCAACUGAUGAGGACACUACACAUUUACAAAAUUGCCCCAUCCAUGUGACAUCUGCAUAGUCACACCACAGCAUCAGUUAUAGUGAGAACUUAUCAGAGCACUGAAAAGAUCUACUUCCGCUGUUCAUGAAAAAUCACAAAGCAGGCGCAAAAGGAAGUAAUUUUUCAACGCCUUAGCUUGCCGUCUAUCACAGAAGCAGUCAGUGAGGUCUUGUCCUAUGGAGGGAGAUCGCCAAGCAUAGCAACAAGUUGAGAGCAGGGUGUUUUGCCUGCUCCUACUCGAUACAGUGGCAAGGUCACUGGGGAACCACAUUUAGGGAGCCUACAGGGCAACACAUGAAAUUAUGAUUGCUCACUCAGGUUUAAAUGUGUGAGCACAAUGUGUCAAUCGCUGAGAAUGGCACUCACUGUUUAUAGCCAACACUGCUCAGCUUUAUGUAUAAUUCAGCUACUUUUACAGUGAAUGCCUGUUCAAGAUUGUCAAGGUAUUGUGCGAAUAUAGCAUGGUGUCGAACCAGAAUAAAUACUACCAGUUUGGUUUAUGUACAA